UGGAGUUGCACACAUGCGGAAAGUGAGAGUUGUCUGCUGCACUACUACCCCCUAUAUCCUUUAUGUACUCACUGCAUGAGGGGGGCCUCUGGAUGAGUACACUGAGCACCUGAGAGCAGAGCUGCACUGAGCAGAAGGAGGAGGAGGAGGAGAAUGAGGGUUGUGCCUCUGCCCCCUGCAGAGAUGAGACUCUCAUUGUUCGGUUGCUAGCACUCAGCUCCCUCCAGGGGCACAGACAGCAGCAUGGACUAUUCUCUUCAACUUCUCUGCAAUUAGGGCUCCAAUUGAGUUGAAAUUAUGGAGAUUACAAUCUCUCAGCUCCUGGACCUGUUCAUGGAGAGUCCACUGGUCUCCUGGGUGAAAACCUUUGGGCCGUGUGGUAACGAGAAUGACAGCAAAUUGGCGACGUACAUGGAUCUAGUGGACGGCGUGUUCCUCAACAAGAUAAUGCUCCAGAUUGAUCCGCGGCCGUCAAAUCAGCGAAUCAACAAGCACGUCAACAACGACAUCAACCUGCGGAUUCAGAAUCUCGCUAUACUGGUGCGACACAUCAAGACCUACUACCAGGAGGUUCUGCAGCAGCUGAUCAUGAUGACUCUGCCCAAUAUUCUGCUGAUUGGUAAAGACCCUCUUUCAGGGAGAAGCAUGGAGGAGAUGAAGAAGAUUCUGCUGCUGAUGCUGGGCUGCGCCGUGCAGUGUGACAGGAAAGAGGAGUAUAUCGAGAAGAUCAAGCAGCUGGAUAUCGAGACGCAGGAGGGAAUCGUGUCGCACAUCCAGGAGGUGACCCACAACCAGGAGAACGUGUUUGAUCUACAGUGGUUGGAUCUCCCGGACAUGGCUCCCGAGGAGCUGGACUCGCUCUCCAGGAACAUGGCGCUCCACCUCAAGAGACUGCUCGACGAGAGGGACGACUAUAAAGAGGUGAUUGUAGAUCUCACCCAGGAAAGGGAUUAUCUCCAGUCUCUGAAUCCGGUCAAGUCUUCGAGCCCAGAUGUAUCGUCCAACGUAGUCAACCAUUAUUCCACGGAGGACAAGCAGCAUCUGGCGGUUGAGCUGGCAGACAGUAAAGCGAAAUUACGACGGCUACGGCAGGAAUUGGAAGAAAAAUCUGAGAUUCUCUUGGACACUAAACAUGAAGUGGAAAGACUCGGCCUGGAGAUUCAAAGACUCAAACAGGAGAACACCCAGCUGGCGGCCGAGGCUCGCACCGCACGCACCUACAGGGAUGAGCUGGAUUCGCUGAAGGAAGCGGCCAGCAAGGUCGACCGACUGGAGAGCGAACUCAUCCGAUGCAGAGAGAAGCUUCACGACGUGGAAUUCUACAAAGCGCGGAUGGACGAGCUGAGGGAAGAUAAUCUGAUUCUCAUCGAAACGAAGACUCUGCUGGAGGAGCAGUUGGAGACGGCGCGGGCCCGGACCGACAAAGUGCACGAGCUUGAGAAGGACAACCUACAGCUGAAAUCAAAGAUCCACGACCUGGAGCUGGACCGAUUCUCGGACAAGAACCGGAUCGAGGAGCUGUUGGAGGAGAACAUGGUGCUGGAAAUCGCUCACAAGCAAAGCAUGAACGAGUCGGCGCAGCUGGGCUGGGAGCUGGACCAGGUGUCCAAGAGCAGCGACCUGUCUGACGCCAGAAAAUCCUUUGUGUUUGAAAUGAACGAGUCGGCGUCGAGCCGCAUCCUGAAGCUGGAGAAGGACAACCAGAGUCUCCAGCAGAUCAUUCAGGAUCUACGAGAAGCCUCCAUCAAUCUGGAGGAGAGCAGCCUUAAGAGCCAAGAACUGGAGAAGGAGAACCAGCAGCUCAAAAAGAAGAUUGAAAACCUGCACUCUCAAAUUGAGAAGGAAAAACAGAGCAGCGCCGACUUGGAGAGUCUUGGGGAAGAUUUACUGAAGGAAAAGGAAAAGCUCUCUCGAAUUCUGGACAAUGUUAAAUCUGAGAAGGAAAAGCAGAUUAAGGAGCUUGAACAAGAAAAUAAACACUUGUCUCAGGCAAUGGCGGCUUUAAGACAAAGGGCCCAAGAAAGUACCGACUCAAGAGUCAAAGAUGUUGAGAUGGAAAAUAAGAUGCUCCAUGAGACAAUCACGGACACCAGCAGUAAGCUGAACGAGAUGGAGCAUGAGAAGAAGCAGCUGCAAAAGGCGUACAAUCAGGUAAAGGACAAGGUGGAAAAAGUGGAGGAGAUGGAGAAGGAGGUCCGACGGCUGGAGAAGCAGAAUGAAAUGUUGACCAAGAAGAUGUCCUCCGUGAAAAUCAUAGAAGAGAAGGUGGAGAUUCUGGAGAAAGAGAAUGGAAAGUUGGAAAGUGAGAACAGAAUAUUUAAGAAGUCUCUAGACACGCUGCAGAAUCUCUCUAUCCGUCUGGAGGUUUUGGAGAACGAGAACAAGCAGCUGGACGAGGAGAACGUGGAGCUCAGGAGAGCGGUGGAAGCCAUGAGGUUCUCCUGUGCCAAGAUCACCCAGAUUGAGAGAGAGAACAAUGAUCUCCAGAAGGAGAAGGAAGAUCUGCAGAAGAACGUAGAGAUGCUGAAGGCACUGGGGAAAAAGUCAGAGCGUCUAGAAGUGAGCUACCAAGGCCUAAGUGAGGAAAACUGGAAGCUCCAGCAAACGGUUAAGGCUAGAAAUAAGAAGGUGACUGAGCUGGAAGCGGAGCUCAAGGACAUUGAGAAGGAAAACAAAGAACUGCAAAAGACAUUGGAGGAGAUGAAGAUAUCCAGCAAGAGGUUGGAAAGAUUGGAACAAGAGAAGAUCAUCAUGGAUCAGGAAAUGACGCAGCUGGAGAAAGACAAGAAGAUGUUAGAGAAAGAAUCAAAGAGGUUUUGGCAGCAGGUGGAGUUGAAAGACGCCAUAUUGGAUGACAAUACUGUCAAGCUGGCCGACUUGGAGAAGGAGAACAAAACACUAGAGAAGGAAGUUUCAAAGCUAAGGGAGUUGUCUUCUAGGACCCGAGAACUAGAGAAGGAGAACAAAGACUUGGUGCAACAACUGACUGUGGAUAAGAGGACACUGGCGACACUAAGAGAGGAUCUGGUAUUGGAAAAGUUGAAAACCCAACAAAUGUCGAGCGAGUUGGACAAAUUGAGCUUGGAGCUGGAGAAGAUCGGAUUAAAUAAAGAGUUAAUGCUGCAGGAUGAGAACAGUAAUGCCGAAAAGAAAUACAGGGUUCUGGAAAAUAAGAUUGAAUCAACACUAAAGACAACUUUGGCUGUAAAAGAAAGUAAAAUUCAGACGCUUGAGGUUCAGGUGGAUGAGGUUCGGAACCAUAAUCAACAACUUCAGAAUGAGCUGAAUGUGCUAAAACAAAACCUUGAGACACAAAACGAGAACGCAGUCCAGAAUUCUCGCAGUAGAAAUGGGCGUACCAUUCACAACACGGAGACCCUGGAGAACGGGCAGCCAGAGAGCACCCGAGAGCUGUGGAAGGUGAAGGACCGAGCCAUCGAGCUGGAGCGGGAUAAUGCUGCAUUACAGGCAGAGAAGAAGCUGAUGAAAGAGCAACUGCGGCAUCUGGAGACCCAGAACCAUUCCCUAAAUAAUCAGUGGGGGGCGCUGCAGAAACAAAUCACUUUCCUGCAAGAAAACAACACGACUCUGCAGACGCAGACUGCAAAUCUGCAGGUCGAGAGCUCAGCGGCUGCUUCCCAAAGUGUUUCCUUAAAAUCCCAGAUCUCCCAGCUGCAGAACCAGCUGUCCACCCUAGAGGGCGAGAAUGAGAAGGUGGUGCGCCAGAGGGAGGAGGCCAAGGCCAGCCAUGAUGCGCUUCUCCGAGACCAUGAUCACCUGGUGUCCCUGUACGAACGCCAGUCUGCGGAGUACGAGGGGCUCAUCGGUCAGCACAGCUGCCUGAAGACGCAGCACAAGAGCCUGGAGCAGACAUACCGCAGCCUGGAGGACAGCUACAACAAUCUGCUGCGCUACAAAGCAGAGCUGGAGGAACAGGACAAAGCCUUAAACUGCGAGAAUGAAGAGCUGCAGCAGGAAAAGAAGAAGAACCUCUUGGCUGCGAGCAAGAACGAGAAGCUACAAGAAGAGCUUGAGAGGCUGAAAUUCCUGCACGGAGAGCUCCAAGAAGAAUAUAACACUUUGCACAAACACACCAAGGAUACGAAGAGCUCGCUGAACAACGCCCAGAUGGAGCUGAACCGAUGGCAGGCUAAGUUUGAUGAGUUAAAGGAGCAGCACCAGAACAUGGACAUCAGUCUCGCCAAGCUGGACAACCGCUGUGAGCUGAUGAGCCGUCUGAAACGUAAUCUAGAGGAGGAGAACCACCACCUGCUCAGCCAGAUCCAGAUGCUGAAUCAGCAGAACCAGAUGUUGCUAGAGUCUAGUAUGGAGAGUAAAGAGCAUUAUUACGAGGAGCAGAAACAGUACAUAGAUAAAUUAAAUGACCUAAGACGACAGAAGGAGAAACUGGAGGAGAAAAUAAUGGACCAGUAUAAAUUUUAUGACCCUGCGCCCAAGAAGAAGAAUCACUGGUCGGGCGCUCGAGCUCUUGCCAAACUCAUUAAACCAAGGAAAGAGGGCUCCAGAGAGAGACCCAAGUCGGUGGGAGAUGUUACCAACCAGACGAUGACGGUGGAGAACCUGGAGAUCGCUGCAUCGCCUUCUUGUACCAGGCCCCUGAGAGUGCAGCCUGAGAAUAUAGAUGACUGUUCUCUGGCGUCUGAUGAGAAAGACGCAGCAAAGUCCUUCACCAGCAAAGUCCUGGUCGAUGUUGGUCCCAAGCAGAAUAGGAUGUCUUAUCAUGGAGGAAGCGGUGAGGAGAUGGAGGGCUCAGAACGGACUUCUCGCUCGAGGAGGAUAGAACCUGGGUCCAGGGCCUUCUCCACUACUGCGAUCCACCUGAGCCCAGCAGGAAGCCUCAGGUCACAGCAGCCAGGUCGACCGAAAGGUUACAAGUCUGAUGAUAACAUCUAUGAGCAGUUACCGGAUCAUGAGCCCGGCCCUGGAGGACUUUGUGUCCCUUGGCCCAACAGCUUGGAGAACAGCAGAAACUCAUCCACCAGCAGCUCACCGCAGACCUCAAAGGGAUCGUCGGGUUUCCCUCUAGGAAGACCAGAGAGUAUGAGCAGUGAUGAUUUUGUCCCCACCAAGGAAGCUGCCACAUUACCCAGAGACAGCUACAUCAGUCGCCCCAGCUCGACCAUACUCAGCUCCAGCACUAAACUGGAAGUCACUUCUAACCAAAACAGCCCGGUGUCCUACAACAACAAUCUUGAGCGGAGACCACCGAGCCGCACCCUGCCAAGGCCACGGUCGGGGUCUCCAGGCAGUGAGAUGGUGACCUUGGAAGAAUUUCUGGAGGAGAGUAAUAAGAAGUCUCCACCCACUCGCCAGCACAGUAUAAUUGACAGCGAGCUCAUCACCCUUCAGGAGUUUCUGUUAGAGGCCGAUUCCCUCCACCCUUCCUCUCCUUCCCCUUCUCCCACGCUUCAACUCAAGGAACGUUCAGAGCCAUCGUCGGGAACCUCGUCGCCAUCUCUCGAGAACUGCGCAUGGAGGCAACGCGCAGAGCAGGCUAACAGGAGAGCGACCUCGCUAUAUAUCCCCAGGGACGCCUCAAGUGGUCGGGACGAUUUGUUGGGCGAUUAUUUCAAGAAGACAAGUGAGGCUUCUGACUUUGCAGGCCCCUCGGUCCAGGCCAGUUAUAGAGACUUCCAGUCCACACCACCAAACUACGGGAAUCUAUCAGGAGAUGCAGAGCUCAAACCUGGGAGGCCAGGCCAGUCUGUCAAGCCUAACCUGCGACCAAUGGAUCCUGUGACUAACCAAGUGGCUUCUCUCAGACGACCUCAAAUCCAGCAGCCUAUCUCCACAUCUAAGCAAGUCCCAGAGCCUCAGCACCCGGGGUCCCUGGCCGCUAGGGGCAGCUCCCUGAGCAGGGCUUUUAGCCUGGCCACUGCAGAUCUUCUCAACGCCAAUGCUCUGGACCUGAACCGUAUGGAGAAAGCAGAGUUGGAAACCCCUAUGUUGAAGGACUUCAGUAGUCACAUCCUAAGAACAUCCACUCCUACUGGCUCUCCUCGUGACAGACCACAAUCUGCCAGGAUGAGCAACCCACCAAAAAGCGAUGAUUUGCGCACACGCUCUCUAGAUACACGCCGCCUGUCAAUGGCCGUCUCCAGAGUAGACAAGACACUACAACCGGCCCUAUCCACCAGCUCCUUACAGCCGCCUUGUACCUCCGCCCAGCUUUCUGGUAGAGGCAGGCCCAACUCUCGCUAUGGAGAAGUAGCCAUGGUUUCACCAGUGAGACCAAUAUCUAGCAUUCCUGAGGUGGAAAGUCAAAUAGGAGUUGUUAACCCUAAACCUCCAGGCAUGUCUUCUGACUGCCACCCCCCGCCAACUGCUGCAGACGACCCUAACAAAACCUCCACGAAAAGUACUCCUGCCUCCCCUGACCCCACAGCUGACCCGCAGACUGUUUGGUAUGAGUAUGGUUGUGUCUGACUAGAGGAAUACAGUGGACUUUCUGGGGUGUGACAUCAGGAUUUAGGAAAAUAGGCAUAAAACACUGAUCUGGACCAGUGUCCUCUGCAGCUGAACCCAGCUAUGUCAGUGAACAUGUCACUACUGCUCAGGCAAAUCAGACCAACCACCUCCUAGUACUUACAAUGGUGCCUGGAAGAUGCACAGGACUCCGAAUGUGCAAUGGUGUCCCUCCCUGUGCUUGCUGUAGUCACCACCUCAUGCGUAAAGGGCAUCUGUCAGCAGUUUUGUACCUAUGACACUGGCUGACCUCUUGCAUGUGCGCUUGGCAGCUGAAGCUAUCUGUGUUGUUCCCAUGUUCAUAUG